UCACAAGUCAGUGAAGGGUGAAGAGUGAAGAAGAGUUAGGAGGUGAUGGCUAGUGAUUCCAAUACCCAAGAAGGGGUGGCUUCAAUGGCCACACAAAUCUGCACCCAAAUAGCCACCAUAUUUUCAAAGCCCACCCACCCAUACCCAUCCCCACUGGACCUUUUAGUCACCGAGCUCACCACCGUCGCCUCCCAAAACAACCGCGUUUUCCUCUACGGCGUGGGCCGCGAAGGCCUCAUGCUAAAAGCCUUCUGCAUGCGCCUAGCCCACUUGGGCCUCUCGGCCCACCUCGUCUUCGACAUGACAACUCCACCCAUCGCCGCCGGCGACCUCCUCAUCGCCUCCGCCGGUCCCGGCGGAUUCGCCACCGUCGACGCCAUAUGCGCGACGGCCCGCUCCCACGGCGGAAGGGUGCUGCUCCUGACGGCUCAGCCGGAGACGGGGUCGUGUGUGAAGCACGCGAGCGCGGUGGCUUACGUGGCGGCGCAGACCAUGGCGGAUGAUGCGGACGUGAAAUCUCGGCCGUUGCUUCCGAUGGGGAGUGUGUAUGAAGGGGCGUUGUUUGUGUUGUUUGAGAUGGUUGUUUACAAGUUGGGUGGGGCCUUAGGUGAGAGCCCUGAAGCCGUUCGAUCACGCCAUACUAAUCUUGAAUGAGAAAUUAUAGGAGCCGUUGGAUCUUGCUAUGUGUUAUAUAUGUAGUAUCGACAUCAUUUUAUACAUUAUGCCAUGUACGCAAAAAUAAAACUUGUCUUAAUCAUUUGUAUGGUAAUAUGACUGUGUUAUUAAACUGUUUCCCACUUUUGGUC